AUGGGUGAAGGUGGUUGCGGGCGCCGGAUCCGUGAUAUCGUCGGCUGGCACGUACACCGCCUGCACGGACGUAAUGGAACCCUUGUUGGUCGUCGUGAUACGCUCCUGCAGCGCUCCAAGGUCAGUAGCAAGGGUCGGCUGGUAACCGACAGCAGACGGAAUGCGCCCCAAAAGCGCGCUCACUUCAGAACCGGCCUGGGUGAAACGGUAAAUGUUGUCGAUGAAGAGCAGCACAUCCUGACCGUCCUCGUCACGGAAGUACUCGGCCACGGUCAGACCAGUAAGGGCAACACGUGCCCUGGCACCUGGAGGUUCGUUCAUCUGGCCGUACACCAAUGCGGCCUUGGAUCCGGAGAAGUCAAAAGUGCCGUCCUCCAGCUGGCGGCGCUUGAUAACGCCGGUCUCCAUCAUCUCGUGGUAAAGCUCAUUACCCUCCCUGGUGCGUUCUCCGACACCGGCAAACACGGAGAAACCACCGUGCUUCUUGGCGACGUUGUUAAUCAGUUCCAUAAUCAGCACUGUUUUACCGACACCGGCACCACCGAACAGACCGAUCUUACCACCCUUAGCGUAAGGAGCCAACAAAUCGACGACCUUAAUACCGGUGACCAGAAGCGCUUCGUCGGUGCGCUGGUCGCUGAAAGACACGGCCUCGCGGUGAAUAGACAGACGCUUGGAGUCGGAGAUGGGUCCGCAACCGUCCAGGGCGUCACCCGUGACGUUCAUGAUACGGCCCAGGGUGGCCUCGCCGACGGGCACAGUGAUUGGACUACCACUGUCUACAACUUCCUGCCCGCGAGUGAGACCCUCCGUGGCGCUCAUUGCGAUCGUGCGGGCCACGCCGUUGCCCAGGUGCUGCGCGACCUCCAGACUCAAACGACCCUCCGGGGUCUUCACCCACAACGCGUUAAGGAUUGGCGGCGGCGCGCCAUCGAACUUGACAUCCACAACAGCUCCGAUGACUUGCGAGAUGCUGCCUUUCUGCAGCAGGCCUGCCGCGGCAGGUUGCGCGGAGAAGGCGCGGCAGCAUGGCGACAACGUGCGGCUGAACGAGCGGCCUACACGAGCGCCGAAUGA